GGUCUGCGGCUGCGCACGCUGAAUGCCACGUACUGGUUGACGUUGACAGCCGAGACACUUCCUGAUGCUGGCAAUCAGGUCUGGCUAGCUAGCUAACAGAUUUAAUUUUCACAGUGCUGGGAAAACCUGCCAAACAAAAGGAGGUCAAGUCGUCUGAUUCAGCGGUGGGAGCAGAAGAGGUCGGACAGCACCAUGAACGGCCAGCUGGACCUGAGUGGGAAACUGAUCAUCAAAGCUCAGUUGGGCGACGACAUCAGACGCAUCCCCAUCCAUAAUGAAGACAUCACCUAUGAUGAGCUGGUGCUGAUGAUGCAGCGUGUCUUCCGCGGCAAGCUGCAGAGCAACGACGAGGUCACCAUCAAGUACAAGGAUGAAGAUGAUGACCUCAUCACAAUCUUCGACAGCUCUGACCUCUCCUUCGCCAUCCAGUGCAGUAGAAUACUCAAACUCACUUUGUUUGUGAAUGGUCAGCCACGGCCUUUGGAAUCCAGUCAAGUGAAGUACCUGCGCAGAGAGCUCAUUGAGCUCAGGAACAAAGUCAACAGCCUCCUUGAUAGCCUGGAGCCACCCACAGAGCCUGGCCUGGCUGCUACAACACAAGACAGCGAGUCAGUGGAUGCACGUGAAGGAAAGGCAAUGGCAGCAGACCCCACGGUGAAGCAGGCCACCCCGGUCAGCGCAGCCAGCAUGUCAGCCUUCGACCCCCUGAAGAAUCAGGAAGAGGUCAACAAGAAUGUCAUCUCCGCUUUCGGCCUGAGCGAGGACCAGGCCCCAGCUCCCCCCGGGGUUGCAGCUGAAGAGCGCUCAGGAACCCCCGACAGCAUUGCCUCCUCCUCAUCUGCAGCCCCCCAGCCAGGAGUGACCCCCCAACCACAGGCUCCCUAUGCAGGAGUACAGCAGGGACCCCCAGCAGCCAUGGAUGGUCAGGUGUACCAGCAGUACCAAGCACCAGGUGGAUACCCACCCCAGCAGCCCGCUGCCCCUCCACAGCAGCAGUAUGGUAUGCAAUACCCUGCAGGGUACAGCCCCCAGCCCGGAGCCCCCCAGCCUGGCCCACCACAGCCACAGCAGCAACAGCAGCAGUUCCAAAACUACCCACCCCCCUCCUCCCAGGCUCCUGCUCCUGCUCCUGGUCAGGCCCCGGCCCCGGGCUUCCAGGGCGGACAGCAGCAGCCCCCUCCAGCUCAGGUAGCUCAGCAGUAUCCUCCAGGAGCCUUCCCUCCCCAAAACUAUACCUCCCAGGCCUCCCAGCCUGCAAACUACAGCCUGCCCCUCAGCUCCCAGCCUGGGCCGGGGUACCAGCCCCGCCCGGGAUACACCCCACCUCCUGGCAGCACUGUCACCCCUCCACCAGGGGCUGCUAAUCCUUAUGCCCGCAACCGUCCCCCUUACGGCCAGGGCUACACUCAGCCAGGUCCUGGAUACCGGUAAAACAGAAUAGGAAAUUUUACUGAUCCUCAUACACACCCAAACCCUACCCUUGUGUGGCUCCAGCUUUGCUUGGAGUGGGUGCGGUAAUUAAGGUGUGCUAAUCUGACUCCCCCUCCUCCCAAUACAAAUAUCAAGUCCAAAUAUGAAACAAGCAAACCCCCCCCCCAGUCUGAUGGUAUGUGUAUGCUGUCUCACCAACACACCAUUUUGUCUUGGCCCUGGUGUAUGACUAUCCCCUCACCCCUGCCCACCCCCUCUCCCACCACCGUCCACCUUGCCCUCUUGUGUCUGUCAUUGUGAAGAUGUAAUCAGUCUGUAUGCACACACCUGGGAGACCAAAACAGGCUGUUGCACGAACUCUUGUUUAUUGUCCUUUUAAUGGUAACGCUUCAUUUUGCUAGUGGAAUCAGCAGCCAUCACACUUGUCAGCUGACAUGAAGUUGAUGCUAGAAGCAUUUAACCACACGUUUGGUUACUGUGCAUCCAUAGAUGCAUUUAGAAGACACUAUCUAAAUGAAAUGUUACCUCUUUUUUGUUUGGUUUUGUUUGAUCAAUUUCACCACCAUGUCGGUAUUAAUGUGUCAUUGAAACUGCCCUAUGUUGGGAACACUAGCUGAGUGAUGGCUCAUGGGAGGUGCAGAUCCCAGCAUCAAGAAGGAUCCUAUAAUGUUUAGCCUUUUAGAUCACCUCCAGUAUGGCUUAUUGCUAUUGCUCUUUCUCUGUUUCUUUUCUCUUUAUCUUAUCACUGGUUUUUACUAAUAUAUCAACUCAGAAAUCCCACCUUCAAGUGAUAUUAGUUGUUUAUGUAUAAACUGUAACAUUUUUCUCUGGAACCUAAUAAAUGAUUGAGACCCAG